AUGAAGUUUACCACUCUUUACGCCGCAGCUGUUCCGUUUUUGCUUAUCGUCCUUAUCGUCUUGGCCGGAGGCAGUCCAACGGUCGGUGUAGGUCCGCGAGUGAAGCGUCAAAACAUGGAGCAGAUGAAACCGUGGAUGGAGUGGGGCGUGAAAUAUGGAGGAAUCAUGGCCACAACCGUCAUCAUGCCAGCAGCUCAGGAAGCAGCCAGCAUCGCCUCGGCAGGGCGUGAAGGAAGUGGUGAAGGUGGCCAAAGCUAACGAAAGCUUCGUACGGGAAUGAAUUCGUUUGUG